CACGAGGCGCGCGGCGAUGGCGCCAUGUAGAGGACCGCCGUGACGUCGCGGGCGCGCGGGCUUCGAUGUGGUAGCGGCAGUUGGGCCAGAGGACCCGGGGCGGCGACAUGACCCAGCAGGGCGCCGCACUGCAGAACUACAACAACGAGCUGGUUAAGUGCAUCGAGGAGUUGUGUCAGAAGCGGGAGGAUUUGUGCCGGCAGAUCCAGCAGGAAGAGGAUGAGAAGCAGCGUUUGCAGAAUGAGGUGAGGCAGCUGACGGAGAAACUGGCCCGCGUGAACGAGAACCUGGCUCGGAAGAUCGCCUCCCGCAACGAGUUUGACCGCACCAUCGCAGAGACGGAGGCAGCUUAUCUCAAGAUACUGGAGAGCUCACAGACUCUGCUUAAUGUCCUGAAGAGAGAGGCUGGGAACUUGAGCAAGGCCACCGGUUCAGAUCAGAAGAACAGCAGCGGCAAGGACAGCUGAUGAGACCGCGGGUGGGGAGGGGCCUGUCUCCGCCUUUCCCAUGUGUGCUAGACCUCAGCAAGCUGUUCUUAGCAUCUUUGCUUUUCAUGACUGUAGCUUUCUUCUCAUUCCGUCAGGUGCCAAGACAGGCAGCUGCCAGCUUUUGUUAGCCUGUUUGACAGAAGUGCUGGGCCCACCAUAUAGAGGGUCCAGGUUCUGGGGAAAGCAGGCUCUAGGUCACAUCUCCCAGACUGUUGGGAAGAUUCUGUUUCAGCUCCGUGGACAUCCUAUCACCUUGUCCCUAGGCCAGUAGGGGCCCAGGCAAGGCCAGUGGGACCAGGGUCCUCCACCUCAGAGCUCACCCCAGUAACCUGUGACUACCAAUAAAGGUUUUUUUUUUUUAAGAUGCA